UAUUAUCCAAUAACAGGCUUUUAUCCUCAGGAACGAGAAGAAAUCCGCCUUUAAUUUGCUUAAUAAUGAUGUCGGAGACGGUAAAGUGAGCUAUCUGUUAGCCUGUGAGCUAACAGAGAGCUAGCUGAAGAGGACGGGCACAGAAGGGAUUUAAGGUCCAGCUGUUAAAUGGUACCUUAUCAUCAAACAGGCAACUGUUAGGACAAGAAUGCCAGAGAUGACUGAAACUCAGACACCUGGUCGUAGUCCCAAAAAGAAGAAAAACAAAGAAUCUCACAAUGCAGUUGAGAGACACAGAAAAGAGAAAAUUAAUGCUGGGAUUAACCGCAUUGGUAGUCUUCUGCCCUGUUCCCAGGCACUUAAACAGAGUAAGAACAUGAUCUUGGACCAGGCUUUUCGCUACAUCACUGAAAUGAAGAAACGAAAUGACACGUUGCUUCUGGAAGGAGGAGAUAAAGUCCAAGCGGAGGAGAUCCGUCGGCUGCGGCGUCAGAUGGAGGAACUGAGGAGGGAGAGUGCUCACUACAUCGAGCUCCUCAAAGCCCAUGAUAUUGACAUUUUAGAAGACCCCACAAUCCACUGGAAGGGGAAACAGCGUUGCGCCAAGGUGGCAAAAGUGAACCCCACUCACCAACUCCCAAAGGGGAUCAUUGUCUAUUCUAAUGGCAAAGUAAAGUGCCCGGCAGGGAAGGAGAAGAGCCCAGCAAAACAGCCUUCUGAAACAUUAAUUCUUCAGUCACCUUCUGAGGUCGGUGCCAGGUUGAGGGUUAAUGGAACUCUGCUGCAAGUUAAUACCUCUUCUUCCACCCCUGCACUUCUCCCUGUGUCCACCGCCAUCCAGUCUACACCAGGCCUGAGAAUGAUAGAGCAGUGUUUGGUCGAUAUGCCGGCUGCAGCCCCCGCUCUGCCACCCUCUGUGUCUUACAUCACCCUCCAGAUCCCUGCAUCCGCCACAGCUUUGGCCCAACAACCGCAGCCUGCCGCCCCAGCUCCGACCCUCACCAUAGCAGCCACUUCAGCCUCACAGCUUCCCACUGAAAGCCCUGCUCAGCCUGUGGCCAAUCUCACCACGCUUACACAGGCUAUAGCCGCAACCAGAGCAGCAGCCUCAGAGGUUUGCUCUUGGGUCACACAGGACUCUGCCAUGAGGACUAUAAGUUACACUGCUAUCCCAAACAGCCAAGCCCUUCUUAGGGCUGGGGCGGCAGGCAGCACACAGACUACCUGGACAACGCUGCAGAUGGCGGGGAACACAGUGCAGCCAGUCUGCCAGAGUGUCCCCGCCCCAGAGGUCAUCAACACCACCCAUACUGUCCAGCAGGUGACCGUGUGUCCGAUGGGCAACAAACCUACUGUUCAGCCCAUUCAAAUACAGAUGCAACCACAUGUGCCUGUACAGCAAGCACCCAUUACAGCCCACAUUCAAGCACAGCCCUUUCAGAGACCACCGCAGCUACGGACAGCAAUCCUGAACCAGGCACAGCCUCAGCCUGUUCUAGCCACCCAAGCACAGUGUGCUGUUCUCUCCCAGUCGGCCAUCGUACCCCAGACAGGUGUGGUUGCCCACCCUGCUGUCGUGCCGUCGCAACCCCAGCCUGCUGUACUUCAACCAGCGUCAUUGAUUCCACAUCCUCCGACAGCCCUCAUACCUCAGCCAGCCCUGGUGCCCCAGCCACAGGCCACUGUGCUGCCCCUCCUGCAGACCAUGCAGGUGCUGCAGGUCAACCCGUCUGGAGCGACAGCCUCAGGUGUAACAGCACCACAGAACACUAACAACCCAAGUGUGGUCAUUCUGCAGCAGGCCAGUUCUUGCCAAACCCAGUCAGUUGUACGGGAGGAAAUAACCAAUCAGACACCGUGUCAACAUAUUGUAAUCAUCCAGGCACCCAAUCAGGUUGCACCUGCCCCUCAGAAUCCUCAGGUUGGCAUGGUGCCGGCUGCUGUGCCCACUGCAGUACCUGUUGUGUCCACUCAAAUACCCACGACCAGCAGCUCAACAUCUGCCACGUCCUUGCAGAGUGUUGGGGGAAAGCAACUGGUGCACAUUCUCCCACGCCCUGUUCAGCCUCAAAUUAACCAUCAACUUCAGGUCACUCAGGCCUCCUCCUCCCCACCGGUUCCUACAACCCCACAGACUAUCACUGUGAACGGCCAGGUGUUUGCCCUGCAGCCCAUGAAGACUUCUGACAAAUCCAGCUCCAAGGCUGGCCAGAGUACGCUCCAGCUGGUCCAGCCAACAACCACAGAGGAACCAACUACUAAUGUGGCCCUCAACAGUUUAGGUGCACUCAGCAGUCUCAAUCAGAGCAUCUCUCAGGGCCUUCCACUUACCAUUUCUAGCCAGAACAACAGUCAGCCUCCAGCUGCUCCAUCAUUAGUAGUCCAGCAGAAGCAGCCUCCUGCUCCAGCAUCCGUCCCUGGAGCCGCACUUGCUCUACCUGUCCGGCAGCUACAGGUCCCUUGUUUGAACGCAGUCAAAUCAGGGCCGCUGGUCAAUGCCUCUAAGACUCCAGCAAAGAGGCUUCGUACAACUUUGAAUGCAAAGAGGGCAACAGCUAAAAGGACUAAACCAGCCAAGAAAAAAGAGCUCAGUCAGGCACCGCCUGCUGUUGCUGUUUCAGCCAAGCCAGCGGUUGCUGCAGGAGAAAAUCAGACAGUUCAGGUUUCAGUAUCUCCAGUUUUACAGUCCUCCACUGUAAAAGUCACAGACAUUUCCCCCACUUGUACCACAGCUGUCACAACUGCACAUUGUAGUGAAGCUGUAGGGAAUGUCACCUCCACACAAAACACUCAGAUAAUGAUUGUGUGUAGUUCAUCGAGUGAGUCAACUGUAUUUAGUCAAUCCCAACCACAGAGCAAAAACUCUGUCGGUGCAACUCAGACUGAUGUCAGUCAUACUAACACUAGUAGUAUGGCACCUGCGGUUACACCUGUCAAUGCCACAUCGGCCAAGCCAGCUGUCAGUGCAGCUGUGGCCAUUGAGAGUAAACCAGUUUCUGGCAACAACUCAACUGUAACCAAACUCCCAGCUCCAGAGGUUAAACAGCCAACCACUAGUUCAGCAACUAGCUCAACACAAAAUAAGUCAGCUGCCACCACUACUGUUUCUAAACAGAGCAAAUCUGUGGUCAGCUCUGCAGGUGCCACCGAGACGCUGUACACUUCCACCACUGUUUCUGCUGCAUGCCUGACUCCAGUCUGCACCAGCAGUAUCCCAACAACUGCACCAGUAUCUUUAAAUCCGCCUACCCAACCAACUUCAGUAUGUCGUCCCCAGGUAUCUAAUACCCAAGAUCCUCUGCCCUGCAAUAAACCUCAGCCCGUCACUUUACCCUUGGUGUCCACAACCGUGGCGCUCUCAUCACCUGCGGCGACUUUUUCUGCAGCCCACAGCUCCGUUACAGCCCCCACAACAAGCUCAGAGUUUAGGAAAAGGGUCACUACCAGUAGAGCGCCAACACAGCAGACUGACGUAAAUAUGCCCAACCCUUCCCCUUGCCAUCCCGCAGAAGUCAAACCACCCCAACCCUCUAGAAGAGACAGGGAGGCUCAGGUAGAGAGACACUCCACGGCAGCAGAGAAAGACGGCUUAGUGGCAGCGACUUCUGGCAGAAAGGAUUUUGCCCUAUCUCAACAGGUGUACACCAACCUUGACGAUCAAACUAUAGAGCACCCUAUGACAUCUAGCAGGCAGACAGAUUCUCCCAUGUCUUCAGGGGCUGGGGGAGGCCGAGGGUUCUCUGUGGCAUCCAUGCUUCCACAGGGCCACACUAUUAGUGCGUCAUCUGGCUCCUUUGGAACAUUUACAUUCACCUCCGAGCAGGCCGAAAUGCUGGCCUUGGCCAUGCUAGAACAGGACAGUCCAGGGAGGCGGAGUGGAAGCUGCUCUGGGAACACUGCUCCGACAAACGCCACAUGGGAGCCCCCAAAGAACCCAGCAGUGUCAAACAGUAAAGAAAGGGGCUCAACUGGACAGCAGGCCAAAGUGACUAAACCCAUGGACACAGUAACGGUUAAACCUGCUGUCCAGGUAUCGGUCAGAGGACAGGCUGGGGAGGGGCCCAGUGCAAGCAGACAUCCACAAAACAUCUCGUACUCCCAGUCCCAGUCUCUCCCCCAGGUCCAGUCUCAGAGCGGCACCGUGGCUAGCCUCAGCGUCAACAACCUGAUCCGGCCCAGCUCCAGUCAGCAACCCUACCCCGGCUCUCCCAGUCUCGCCGGCCAACAGGGCUCGGUUCCCUCACCUGUAGGGACGUCAGCCCACAUAUCCCAACCGCCAAACAACGCCCUCUCGCCCUGCUCAGGUGCGGCCCAACUGAACGAGUACACCCCCUUAAAGACUGCGCUAAUGAGGGCUCAAGCUGGAGUCGGCGUAGGCGAGCGACAAGCGAAGAUCAUCUCCAAGCGGCAGGCCCAGGAGGAGGUGAUGCUAAACACCGGGAAGCGGCCCAAGCCUUGCCCUCCAUCAGCCAGCCACAUGGAUGUGAAAGCGCCAGACCACAGCCAGAUGAUGGUGGGACAGCUGCCCCCCACGUCCUCGGCUGUCAUGACGAGGAUUAAUUCAGAAAGCGGAGGCCCGCUCUUCUCCACGAACUCUUUCAUGAGCCCGGUAGUUCGGCCCCCGGACGGCCACUGUCCUCCUCAAGGACCUCCUGAUUUAAACCAGCCAGGUGUGCUCCAUCUGCCCCAGGGUCAUCCCCAGCACGCCGCAACCCAGCCUGGCCAGCACCUGGGAGGAAACCUUUACAUGAAACAGCAGCAGCAAGAGCAACAGAGACACCAUCUGUACCAUCUGCAACACCACCUGACACAGCCUGACCCCGCACAGCGCCACUCGCUACACCAGAGGGCGCUUCAGCAGCAGCAAGAGCAGCAGCAGCAGCAGCAGCAGCAGCAGCAGCAUGUGCAGAAGAAGCGGGGGCUUGUCAGAGGCAGUCAGACUGGUUCACCUGCUGGCCUGCAACAGAAGCAGCACCACCUGGAGAAGUCUGGAGUUCAGCAGCAGCAGCACUCGCAUCAACAACAACAGACGCAGCAUCAACAGCACACACAGCAGCAGCAGCAGCAGUCGCAGCAGCAUCAACAACAGUCGCACCAACAAUCACAGCAGCAUCAACAGCCAACGCAACACCAACAGUCUCAUCCCCAACAGCACCAACAGCAAACACAUCAACAGCAGACACAGACGCAGCAUCAACAACACCAACAGCAGCAGCAGCAGCAGCUACAGCAGCAGCAGCAGAGCUCCCACUCCAGACACCAGCAGCAUCUACAGCAGCAGAUCCAGCAGCAACAACAGCAGCAGCACUUUAGACACCAGGAGAAGAGCUGUGAAGCCCAGGCAGCAGGAUCCAGGGCCCACCACAGCAGCCACCUGGCCCAGCAGGAGCACCUCAAGCCUGGUCAAGACCACAACGCUAUGCAGAGGAUGAUGAGCACGAGGACUCUGGAGCAGCAGCUCAUCCCUCCUCCCAGCAACCCCGUGUCCCGGUCGUCUGACUUGGCCUGCGCUCCAUCACGGCAGGAGCGCCACCGCGUUUCCAGCUAUUCCGCGGAGGCGCUCAUCGGCAAAAGUUCCACCAGUGGCGAGCAGCAGCAGCAGCGCAUGGGCCUCCACCUUCAGCCUGGCCGCGGUGCCGCACAGGAGCAGCCAGACCUCCGCGGUUACCUGGACACGUCGCGAGGGAAGGCCAACAUCGCACACAACCCACAGAAUCGCCUGCCCUCUGACCAUCCGGGAUCUGCUGAUGUUCAGCGGGUCUCGGAGUGUCCGCCAUUCAAGGCCAUGGGAGGAGGAGUGCAUCAGCUUGGUGGGUUUGAUGCCCCUAAGUCAGUGGCGUCCUCCCAGAGGGGCCCUCAGGGGCAACAGCAAGGCGGGUUCAGGAUGGGCGUUGGCCCUCCACCAGACGGCAGGAACCGCUACAGCGCAGCUCACCCCGGCUCACAGGGAGUACAAGUCGGCCUCCCACGGGAGCAGGAGGGCUGUCACCAGAGUUUCAUGCAAAGCCUCCUUUCCCCCCACCUGCCCGAGCAGAGCAACCACCAGCGAGCAGUGCAGUGCUGUCCGCCGGUCAGCAUGGAGUACAGCUGUGUGCCCGGAAGCUCUUCAGGAGACAUUCAGGCCAAAGCCUCCAGCCCCAGCGUGCCCCAGACACAGAAGGCCCCGGCUAUGCGGCUCGGAGAGGGCAACAAGGGCCACAUUUCUCAGGUCAGCAGUAAUAUGCACGGAGGCCCAGGCGUGCGCACGGGUCUCCCCCACCCUCCGACCCCACACGGCAGCUCUGAGCCAGGCCGCUCCUCGGCGCCCUCCAGACCGCCCACCGCCGUCAGCCAGCACUCUCGCCACAUCGCCCGAGACACGCAGCCCACCAAGCUGAGACCCGGUGACCGGCCUCGAUCGGGCGCUCUGAGACAGAGCAACCCUUUCGAGCCCGAGGUCCACCUGCCUCUGCCCUCGGGAGGAGGGGUGCUGCUGGGCAGGCCGCAGUCCGGAGGAGAGGCGCGACGCAGCACUAUCGUUCGCUUUAUGGCAGAUAGCGCUCAGGUUCCCGGUGACAACAACCUGGUUCCAGACCAACACCUAACACAAAACUUUGGUUUCCCCUUUAUUCCAGAGGGAGGGAUGAAUCCUCCUCCCAUCAAUCCCAACUCCACAUUCAUCCCUCCAGUCAGCCAGCCCAACGCCUCCCGCACACCAUCCCUCCUGCCUGUAGAGCCCCAGAACACUUUACCCUCCUUCUACCCCUCUUAUUCUCCAGCUGCUCACCCCAGCGACGUCACCCUCCAGUACUUUCCCAACCAAAUGUUUACCAGCCCGAGUGCAGACAAGGGCAGCGCUCCUCAACUCAAUAACCGCUUCGGCUCCAUCCUCUCCCCUCCUCGCAGUUUCGGCCAGGCCAGCUUCCCUUUACUUCCAGACAUGCCCCCUAUGCCCAUCACCAACUCGUCUGGAAUCACCCCUCACAUAUCCAACUUCAGCCUCACCUCGCUAUUCCCCGAGAUCGCAACAGGCAUGCCCACCGACGGUUCUGCCAUGCCAAUGUCUCCCCUGCUGUCUCUCUCCAACACCUCGGCCGCCGACUCCGGCAAGCAGCCCAACCGUCCCGCCCACAACAUCAGCCACAUUCUGGGCCACGACGGCAGCUCGGCCGUGUGAGGAAAGAACCCUGCUGCAUUUUUGAUGAACUGGUGUUCUGAAGUGAAGAGUUUAAUUUUCAAUUUGUUAUUCUUUUUAAAUGUUCAGAAAGCGGUAAUGAAGCACCCGAUGAACGUUUUUUUUUCUAGGUUGAAAUGACACCAAUGUCUGUCUGAUUGUUUACAAGUUCAGUUUCAAUCUCAAAUUUGUUCCCUUUGUCAAAUAUAUCAUUUGUAAUAUUUAAAAAAAACUUUUGAAUUUAAGGUUGGUCCUUUAAAGCUAUUUCGUUUGUUGGUUAAACCGACUGUUUUCGUAGUAAAACAAAAUUUAGGUUUAGAACUUGAAUUCAUGGGUCAUCAAGAAACCUGCACAGUUACCUACCAAUGUAAUUUACUAACUUAUAUAUCAGGUUGAACUGUACAGAAUCUGUUUGUUUUUUUUCCAAGAGCUAUUUUGUAAAUACCAAUGUUUCAUAUCAGAAUUGUUAGAUUAUGUAUGUAUUUGUAAAUACAAAAUUGAUUAAUAAAGUUUAUAAGGAGACAUUUGUAUUUGCUGCCAACUGAA